AAGGGUUAGGCCUUCCGGCGUGGUUGUGUUUAAUGGGCUGUGAUAUGGGUGAGUGUUGAGGAUGCGGGCGAGUCAGCGGCGUCCGGAAUUUACCGGGCUGCCAGAUGAUUAUGGUGCUGGCUGCCUGAUUUAGCAGUGCUGUCACCAGCUGCCAGAAAACGUCAAAACAUUUGCUUCCUAAGUAACUUUUGGCGCAGCGUUGCAUAAGGCCCGAGCUUCCUAAUAUAAAGUUGACUAGAAAGGCUUAAGCAAGUAUACAUUUGGCUUGGUCGUGAAGUUGGUGCAAGUAAUGAACCCUUUCUGGAUCAUGUCUACAAGUUCUACUCGUAAGAAAUCUGACAGUGAAGAAAGGAGUGUAUCCGGUGAACAGAAGACUAGUCCUCCACGGUCUUCAGCAUCUAAAAAACAGUUGCCCUCGAUACCAAAAAAUGCUGUUCCUGUAACUAAACCUAUUUCUCCUAUCACAUCUACGCAGUCAACAAAUGGAACACAUGCUUCAUAUGGUCCAUUUUACCUAGAAUAUUCUCUCCUUGCUGAAUUUACCUUAGUUGUAAAGCAGAAGUUGCCUGGUAUCUAUAUACAACCUUCAUAUGGAUCUGCAUUAAUGUGGUUUGGAGUAAUUUUCAUCAGGCAUGGGUUGUACCAGGAUGGUGUGUUUAAAUUUACUAUUUACAUCCCUGAUAAUUAUCCAGAUGGAGAGUGUCCUCGUUUGAUGUUUGAUAUACCAGUCUUCCACCCACUAGUGGAUCCAUCGACAGGAGAAUUGGAUGUAAAAAGAGCAUUCACAAAAUGGAGGCGAAAUUAUAACCACAUCUGGCAGGUGUUGAUGUUUGCCCGUCGAGUGUUCUACAAGAUUGAUAUCUUUAAUCCCUCGAAUCCUGAAGCUGCAGUACUAUACGAAAAGGACAUACAUUUAUUCAAAAGCAAAGUAGUUGAUAGUGUGAAACUAUGCAACAGUCAUCUCUUUGAUCAACCCAAAAUGGAUGACCCCUAUGCAAUUAGCUUUUCACCCUGGAAUCCAGCAGUACAUGAAGAAGCCAGAGAGAAGAUGUUGACCCAAAAGAGAAAACCUGAAGAUCAGAACAAAAGCGUGCAUGUGUCUGGUCUUUCCUGGGUAAAACCUGGUUCGACACAACCUUUCAGCAAGGAUGAAAACACCGCACAAACCUAGUACAUCUUAUCAACGGCACAAGAGGCACUUUCUGUCUGAGGCAUAAUGGACCAGGUCAACUGAGAUAUAAUAUUUUUUUUCCCCGUGUUGGUUCAGAUGUUGGACUUUGUUUUAGCGGCAACGGUUUAAAAACAAAAUGCGGGCGAUGGUGUUCCUUGCGCAUAAAUUAUAAAGAUUUUAAACUUUUGUUUAAAUUCCACUUUUAACAAAGUUUGUUAAAACUUGCAUUUUGGAGACCUCUACUACCUAGGUAAUCUUGGCAAUACAACUAUUAAUUAUGUUGGGGUGGUUAACUGAAUUGCGUGGUUCUUUCAUAAAGAUGUCACCAUUUUUGUAAUACUGCCAUUAUUAUGUAGAAAUGUUUUUCAUGUUUCGGGACUGGCCACUAGAGUUUUAAGAUUUUGAGUUUAGACAUUCAGUAAUCAUCCAGAUCAACUAUAUUUUACAUAGCGUAUGACUAUUUGCAGUUUUCAUAAAAUCACGGUUGAGUUUUCUAAUGUAAAUAUUAGCAUAUAUAUUUUGUAAAUAGCAUUUUUGACCCUAUAGUUAGCACUUUGAGAUGAAAUGGUGCUGAAAGUGACAUCAGUUCAUUGGACGUGUAUUUGAGUAGGUUAAUCUGUUAAAGAAACAGUGCAUUCAGUGGGGCCCCAAGCUUUGUAAUUUUGGUGAUCUUUAUAUAGUGUGUCUGAACCAGUUCAAAGAAGAAUAUUUCCUAGACAUUCAUGUUAUAAUUAUCUUGUGCAAUCAAGCAGCACAUUGUGUAAUAAAAGUGCUGUUUACUUGUGGUGGGGUCUAUUAAAAGGUGAAAUAGCUGCAGACCAACAAACUGAUGUCAUUAUGGCUUAACUUUAAAAUAAAAACAAACUAAAACUGCUGAUUACUUUUUAAUGUGUGUGUGUGUAUGUAUGUACAUGGGCACACGAGUAACUACUUUUGGUAUAUGCUGUCUCUUUCCAUUUGAAGACUGUUGGCUUUGAUUGCCACUAGUGAUAGUAUUAGUUAUUUUUGAUAAAAUGCCUACUUGCAUUACAGUAUGUGUAUUUACCACCAGAUGGCACUGUGUUGCAAAUUCGUUAGCUUUGGCUUCGGCACUUACACACUCAGCUGUUAACCUUGUAUGUUAAUCUCUUUUGAGCUUUUUGUUUGUGGGUUUUUCUUUCUCUAACCUGCUCUGCUUCUCUCUGAUCACAUUUUUCUAUCUUCCUGCAUUGAACAGUAAUUAGCUUGUGUCCUACAGUGAUUCUACCAUCGCCAUCUCUAGUCUUGUAACUUGUGUUUUUUUUGUGCUAUGUCACUUCCACCAAUUUAAAAAGUAGAUUAUUUCCAGUCCUUCAAUUUCCCCCUCCCACCCCCACUGAAUAUCCUUUUAAUUCAAACAAAUAUGAAGGGUUUGAAAAAGAAUUAGCCAAAAUCACAUUCAUGAUUCUGCUUUUCCUCCCUAGCGUUUUACUUCUCUGUUGUGUUUUUGUCUGAUAUUAUCUGCUGUCAUCCAUCCAGGAAUUUGAUCUGAACUCCAUGUGCAAUGUGAUAGGAGUUUAGCCACUAUUUGAGCUAAUGGAUACCUUCACACAAAAUAAAACUAUAAGUUUGUAAUUAAACUACUAUAUAAAAUGGCAGUGGUUUUGAAAAUCUAAGUGAUGCCCUACACCCUGUGUUUUUGAUACCUGAAUUAAUGUAAGUAUUUGUCCAAGAAAUACUAAAUGUGGAUAAUGAGUUUGAGUUUCUAAAAAAAACACAAUAUAGAUUUUAUAAUGGCAUUUACUAUAACUCAAGUUACAUGUACAAACUGGUCUUCAAGAGCAAUAUGAGCAUUGGCUGCUUUCAGUAUGCUGUAGAAUCUUGAAUUAACAAGGUCUUAAGAUUAUAAGAAAUAGACAGGAGUCAACUAUUUGGUCCUUAUGUGCCUGCUUCCACUAUUCGUUGUUGUUACCAAUCUUUUAUAAUGGCAUGAUUCUCUUACUAAUCCCAUAUCCCUGGAUUCCAUUAAUAUUUAGUAAUUAGUCAGUGCCUUGAAUGCCGAAGAUGCAAGCAGCAGGAUGUUUGCUGUUUUGCGCACCCCACCCCCUCCCCAACUCCACAAGCACGUUCUAUAAGCAUUGGAAAGAAAAAUGUUCACUAGCCACUUGCAUCUAAAAACCACAUCUAUCCUAAUGUCCUGAAUGAUCUCUAAAUUGAUGAAAAAGAAGUGCAGCUUAUUUAUUGCAACUUUUGAAGAUCCUCCAAACACCAGCAGGAUUUUUAUUUCCCUAACCAGUGUUUACAAUGGGGAAUCAAAUUUCUUUUCUAUGGAAUCCAAAGUCUUGUAUUUUCAGUUAAACUAAAUAAGCUCUAGCAUAAUCAGAAAUGAGUAUUGUGAAUGCUUUUAAAAGUUUGACUGCAAUAUAACAGAAAAUGGCAGAGGUUCAGAUGGCUCACUGUCUGAAAGAGCAGGGAUGGCUUAAAUCAAUCAGCAAUGAAGAACCAAAUAAAACUGCACUUAAGGUUUGGUUUUUAAACACUGGAUUUCUUUUGCCUCAAAGAUCACUCAACUUCAUAGAAAUGUUACUUUUAAAUAUAGUAAUAGUCAUGAGUUUUCAUUCAGUUAUAAAAUUAUAUUUGCUUAUUCCUAAAUCAAUUUCCUGAAUUAUAAAUUAUGGGCAGUAACCAAAACAGACUCUCAUGCCAACAUUCAAGUUGAGACAUGGAUUUAAAAAAAAAUGUUGGUGCAGGUGUCUUCUAAAAGACUAAUUUCCAUCAACUUUUACGGAAAUAGAAAAACAAAUUCUAGUAACCUGUUCUAAGAUGUGUGAUGUGACUGCUUGAUCAUAAACCAUUUUCUAAAUUAGUAACAGAAAUUAUUUUAUAAAAGGAUGUAGACACAUACAAAUGUUAAAUCAUCAGAUUUCACAACUUUUACAGAGAAACAACACAAAACAUUUUCUUUAACGAAUCAGUUAUAAUUUAAAUACUUCUGCAGAUUAAUAAGCUUUAAAACAAGUUGUUUUUUGACACACUUGCGGGGUCCCUGUUUAAAAUAAGAAUUGUAGUAAUUCCCAUUGUUAUCUGGACUGAACUCACUUACUGCAAACUACAAUACAAUAAACACCAUAACCACUUAACUAAAAUGAUAUCCUAAAUCAAUUAUCCCUUAAUCUUUUAAAAAUUUUAUGUAAAGUUGUUUUUAAUUGAGAAAUUGUGUUCAAGGACUGGUAUUAAAAUGUAAACCCAUCUAGCCAAAAUUUUACUAUAGGCUUUUUGCAUUGCUUUAAAAACCACCUUUGGGUAUUGGCUAUUUGAGGCUUUCUUUUUGUCUUUGAGUGCACGUUGAUGUUUUCAACUGAUCUGAGCAACAUGGUGAAUCUGCAGUGUCAAUGGUGCCCAAUAAAAUCUGGAUGCUUUAAUCCCAACCUAUAUUUUCUGCACUCAUGAUACAGCAAUAAAGAUUGUAUAUUUUCCUAUUUAGUAUCUCCUUUCACCAAUUGAAGAAUAUGACUAAUACAGAUUGCUUUCUUGCACGCCAAAAUAUUUACAUCUGGUUGAGAUUUGUAUUACCAAGGCAUGGUGAAUGAAGCUGACAGGAAUACAUAAGAACUGAAUUAAGUUCUUGUGAAUCUGAUUUCUUUGAACCAUUAAAGAAUUGAUGACAGCCCUUUCUCUUCUACUAAAACUCUAUUUUAUGCUAAGUAAAGAAUAAGGUAGAAUACAUACUACUCAAACACUGAGGACAAAAUAGCUGCAAAGUAUCAUGGAAAACUGACACUUCUACUGAAUGUUAAGGCAGGUGAUUGGAAGUAAUAGCAUACUCUUCCUAAUCAAGAGAAAGUCUGCAGAUGCUGGAAAUCCAAGCAACACAAAGUGUUGAAGGAACUCAGCAGGCCAGGCAGCAUCUAUGGAAAACUAUGCAGUCGACAUUUUGAGUCAAGUCCAUUCAUCAGGACUUGAAGGAUCUUGGCCCAAAACAUUGACUGUACUCUUUUCCAUAGAUGCUACCUGGCCUGCAGAGUUCUCCCAGCAUUUUGUGUGUGUUACCAUACACUUCCUGCUCAGUCUACUGAUUUGUUCCAGGUAAGAGACUCUGAAAUCUAUCUACCAAGGACAUUUAAGAUGUUUGUUAAAAGUUUAAAUAACUCCUCUUAUUUUUUGUAAGUAAAUUUAAUUAUAACAAAUUUAAUGUCAUGUCAAUGUCCAAAAGUUUGUAUAUGGGGUUUACUAAAGUUAGCAACCAUAUUACCAUAUUAAUCUGUCCUAUUGGAUGCAUACUGUGCUUCAUAGUAAUUGCUUGUUAAUUUGAAAGAACAGUAGAAUUAAUUGUAAAGUAUAAAUGGGAAUUGAAUGGCUGACAUCAGAUUGUAACAGCUAUUGACUGAAGUAACACACAAAAUGCUGGAGGAAUCCAACCGGUUAGGCAGCAUCUGUGGAAGUGAAUAAACUGUUGACUUUUCAGUCUGAGAUCCUUUGAGUAUCUGCUGUGGUCUUUUUGUGCUCUGACUGGUGUGAGAUCACGUUUUGUUUUUCUUUAGUUACAGAACAAUUCAACUGCAUUGACUAAGUUAGAAAAUAACUUGUGGCAAUAGAUGUGUGAUUUAUGAGGCAUUUCAGAUCAGAUGAGCAAAACAUUUGCAGUAGAUUAGGGUCUGUUAUAAGCAGUCUAUUAAGUGAGCAAAGGGGUGAUUAAAAAGAUUUGGUUCUGAAUCUGAUUGCAUAUUCCACAAGCUAAUAGCAGAUGCUGACAGAAUUUAUGUACGCAUACUUACAGCGUUCAUUACUACUGAGUGGUAACCAAUCCAAACAAGUAGCAAUGCACGUUUCUCUAAAGGUGGGGUAAGUGUUGCACAAAUGCUCCUUUGUCAGUUUGUUUAAUUCUCAGGAUCAAUUUGGUGAUCCAGAAGCAAAGUGUAGGGUCUGGAUAUAUCAAUUGAUUCUUUGAAUUGUGUUUUGAAAAAUCUCGAUAUCCUUGAGCUAUGGGAUGCUGUUUAAAUUCCUGACCUAUAGCCCUCAUGACUGAUCAGCCCUCUGGAGAGUGCAGGUAAUAUUGAAAAAGAACCACUGAGGAUUUGGAGAAGAGAUUGCAGCUGCUGGAAUCUGGAACAACACAAAGCACUGGAGGAACUUAACCCGACAUACUGACUGCUCAUUCUCCCUCU